AUGGCAGACUUAGCUGUUGCGGAAGAUGACGAUAUCUUGAGCAUGUUUUUCGACGAGGAAUUUGUUCCUCAUGCAUUCGUCGAUAUUCUUCUAUCAAAUGCUCUUAACGAGGAUCAGAUCCAAACGCAAUCUCUGUCCUCAGCACUAUUGACCAGAUUGGACUUUUACACAAAAAACCUCACAAAAGAAUUGGAGAAUACUAUAUGGAACUUGGAUAAAUUAUCUCAGGCACUGCCAAGGACUUGGGCAUCUUCCAGAGCCCGCGAAGGAGCAGACGAGGAUGAGAUCUCAUUAUAUCCGACCGAAUCGGUAAGGUCUUCAAAGCUUGAAUACUAUUUAGAUACCUUGGCAGGUGCCGUGAGAGCACUAGAAGCAGGAAUGCAGAAUGUGGUAAAAAGGGUAAAUGAGAUAGAUCAAGAAGAUGAUGAUAAUGCUCGAGUGAGACAACAACUGCAGAGUUUGGUUCUAAUUAGAAAGAGAAUUGAAAAGGUAAUAUAUUAUUUAGAACAAAUCAAGACCAUUACGAAUAUUUCCACAGGAAAAAACAACGGGAACACGGUUAACGUGGGGAGAGAUCUCUCAAUAAAUGAUUUCAGAACAUCGUUGAAUGCGCUAGAGAACACAAUAGACGAAUCGUUAACUUUUGCGAUCGACAACGAAGCUAGAUAUGAAACAAACACGAAUUUAAUAAAGAGAAUUGAAUCACUUUCUGAAUUGAAAAGUUUGUUUAAAGGUCUCGAUAAGUUCUUUGCCGAAUACGCUAUUUUUUCAGAAGGUAUAAAAUCGAGAGCGCAAAGUUAUUUAUCGACCAAGGACAUUGAUGAAGAGUUACUAUCGUGA